UCUUCCGUAUUUCCAAGGCCGUGUUUGGUUGCGUCCCUCUUAUUUCUCAGCGCCUUUGAAAGGAACGUUUCGUCGCCCUUUAUCUCUCUCAUCUCUUUUCUCAAAAUCUAUCGCCGCAGAAAAAACCCAGAAGCCCAGAAGAAGCAGAAGAUUCAAAGCCGCAAGCAUUGAGAUCAGAUUUGCAUCAAAUCAAUCAUGGCGACUCCCGGCGUUCUCAACAGAGAAGACGGCUUUUUCCUCAACUCUCCUAUCCUCGAACCUCGAAAUGGAGAGAGUGUGAAAUCCCGUGGAAUGUCGAUUGAGAAGAAGAUUGAGCUGCUUGAGAGCAUGGCCGGAACGGUUAGCAACCGACGGUCUCGAAGAUGGGUAAAUGAUCGGAUUUUGUUGGAACUUGUUCCUCGUCUAAAUGCAGAAGAAAUCAGAGGCUUGUUUGCUCCACCACCUUGGGGUGAUGAUGUACCGCUGUCAGCAUUUUGCAUGACUAAUGUGCGAGAGUGGGAUACAUUUAGGAAUAUAGACAUGGAUAAGCAGGCUAAUGUGAUUGAUUCCAUGAAGGGCCCAAGUGCAAAGAAGAAGAGUCCUGUUGAUGCUGAUAAAACGGCCGUCUUGAAUGCAUGGCGUAGGGUUGAUUGUCGAACAAGAGAGGCACUUCGCCGUAGCGUUUUCGCAGAACUUGUUGAGUUCUAUGAGGAGCGUGUACGGGCCUUUGUUACGGAGACUGAAGGUGGAGAUGGAGAUGUUCUCAUCCUGCAGGUUCAAGAUCCUCUCCGUCGAUUGUUGCUCCAUGGUGUUUGCGAGUUCUACAACUUGGUCUCAGUGACGGUUGCUGAAUCGGUGAAUGGGGAGUCAACUAAGAUGACAAAGAUAACGAAGAAAAAAGGGCGUCCGAUCGAACUUCCAAAGAUCACUCUGUCCCAUUUCUUGAAGAUGAACAAACAAGGAAUGUGGUGAUUCCAUUUCCAUCUGGUUAAUGUGUUAAUAAAGUUGGGCAUCAUGUGUUGUAUGUAACCUUGUGAAUUACACCAUGUAAAUUACUCACUCACAUUGCCCUGAUCGUCUCCUACAAGUAGUUCAUUGAUCUCUCUAGGAUUUGUACUCUGUACAGAUUAUGUUAGAAUGUACUAUUUCCGUCGCUCAACGAAUGAAGUUGAUUGCGAGAACUCGAUUUUUA